GUCCGUCGCACACAUCACACGCGAUGCCCAGCGAGCACGACACAAACAUAUACCCCGGCGCGGCGCUGAUCGCCACCGGACUGGCACUGCACGGCCUGUGCAAAGGCUCGCUCUCUGCGUCCGGGUCCGCGGCGGCCUGGGUGGUGGGGUAUGGCCACCUCGCGGGGCCGGUCAAGGUGUUCGGCGUGGCCAUGAUCGCGUUCUAUCUGAUCGGGAGCCGGGCAACCAAGGUCAAAGCCGCCACCAAGGCCACGCUAGAGGACGGCCCGGACCCGUCGAAACCAGGCGGCAACCGUAACGCGGUCCAAGUCCUCUCCAACUCGCUGCCGUCGCUGCUCGCGGCGAUCGCCUAUCGGCUGUAUGCCAGCGACGCAAGCCCGCUCUUCCAGCCCGGCCUGGGCAGGCAGCUCAUCUUCGCGGCACUGGGCCACUUCGCCACAUGCCUAGGCGACACGCUCGCCUCGGAACUGGGCAUCCUCUCCCGCAGCAAGCCGACGCACAUCCUCACGCUUGCCCCCGUGCCACCGGGGACCAACGGCGCCGUGUCCCCCCUCGGGCUGGCGGCGAGUGCUGCCGGCGGAACGAUAAUGGCGCUCGUGGUCGCGCUUGACCUUGCGAUCGAGGACCGCGCCGGGUCCAGCUGGGCGGCGGCUACGCAGCUUCUUGGCUUUGGCACUGCGGCCGGCCUGGUUGGUAGCUUGCUGGACAGCUUGCUCGGGGCGACGCUCCAGCGCACGCUUUACUCCACGACCGAUGGCCGUGUCCUCACUGACCUGUCGUCUGCGGAGCGCGAGAACGCCCCGGGUGUGGUUACUAUCGGGCCCGGCAUCAACGUUCUGUCCAAUUCCGCUGUCAACUUCAUCUGCGCCAGCGUCAUGGCUGGUGUUGGAUACUGGGUUGGCGGGUUGUAACAUUGUACAUGCUCUCACUCGGUGUGCUUACCCUCGCCCGCCCGCCGCCACUAGUGCAGAAUGCAUCAGAUAUC